UAGUAGGCACAAAUUAAAGAAUUAUAGAUCUUAAAAGAAAAGAAAUUAAAGGACAAAUUAAAGAAUUCUUUAUGUAAAUUUGUACAAAAGGAACAUGGCCAGUUUUACAAGUUGAUGAUGAGCUAUAUAAGAUGCCUCAUGAUCCAAUAUUAUUAUCUCUCAACUAAAAUUAGAGCACUCCAUAAGCCAUCACAAUAAGGUACAAAUCCAAUCUUUUAGCUCUUCUUUCCCACGAUUCUAACAAGUCUAGUAGUUCUAAUACUUGUGUUGCCAUAUAUAUGCAGAUUCUAUCUUGUCAGGACCUAAAGCUAUGAAGCACUUUGUGCUAAUUCAUACUGGAUGCCACGGAGCCUGGUGUUGGUAUAAGAUAGUAGAGUUGAUGAAAUCUUCAGGGCAUAAUGUCACAGCUCUUGAUUUGGGUGCUUCAGGAACCAACGCAAAACAGGCCCUCGACGUCGCAAGUUUUUCUGAUUACUUGAGUCCGUUAAUGGAGUUCAUGGCUUCACUUCCUGCUGAUGAAAAAAUAGUUCUUGUAGGCCAUAGCUUUGCUGGACUCAGCAUCUCUAAAGCCAUGGAAACCUUUCCAGAAAAGAUUUCAGCUGCUGCAUUUGUUGCUGCUUUAAUGCCUGGUCCAACUUUCAGUGCAGCCAACGUUUACACUGAGACAUGUGGUGCAGUAAUACCUGAACUUGAUAAUCGUGUUACGUACGACAAUGGACCUGAGAAUCCUCCAACCACCCUCGUCCUGGGUCCCAAGUUCUUGGCAACUAAUCUUUACCAGCUGAGCCCAAUUGAGGAUUUGACAAUGGCCACUAAACUGGUAAGGCCACUAUAUUUGUAUCCUGCGGAAGAGAUUUCUAAGGAGAUGGUUCUUUCAAGAAAAAAGUACGGAUCAGUUAGGCGGGUGUACAUUAUUGCUGCGGAAAGUAAAGGUUUGACGAAAGAAUUUCAACGAUGGAUGAUUGAAAAUAAUCCACCUGAUGAAGUGGAAGAGAUCUCAGGAUCUGAUCACAUGGUCAUGAUGUCUAAACCCGAACAACUUUUUACUACCCUUCUGCGCAUUGCCAAUUCAUAUAUUUGACGCGCGCAUUUAUAGGGUGAUUUCAGUUCUUCCAUGGAAGUCCUGCUUAGUUUGAUAUUUCAAUCAUUUUAUUCAAUUGUUAUUUUCUUUUGUUGUAAUUUAAGUGUUUGGAAUUUAACAUCAAUAAGUGAUUUUAUUUUCUGUAUUUAA